CGCGGGUGAUGGCGGCGGGCGCCGCGCCGCGCUGCGCCGUGCGGGACGCGCCUGUGCUGACCCGCACCGUGGCCCGUCCCGCCUGCGCUCGGCAGUUUCGCGGCGGCGGGGCGGGAUGAGGUGGUUGGCCUGGAAACUGAGCCUCAGCCGCCUUGUUCCUGUCGGUGCUAGGGCCGUUCAUGCGGCUUCUGCAUUCGGCUGCCGGAGGGGUGUUCGGCAGGGAAGUGGCAAAAUGGCUCUUGGGUAGCACUCGCUGGCUCGUCUGCAGUUAGCUCUGAGCAAAGCUUCUUAAACCGUUGCUUUUUUCUGUCAGAGACAAUGGAAUGCCGAUUAUACAGUAACUCUAGAGAUUCUGCAAGAGGAUGCUCUCAGUAUAACAUCUGCAGAGGAAAGAGAAACUCUUCCCGUUUUGACUCUUCUGACUUUUACUCCAGUCUUGGGUUGGAAGACUUCCCCUCUGUAGAUGACACUUCUGGAACAGAGGAGGAUACAGACUCAACUGUUUUAUAUGGAACUUUGCGAGGAAGCGUUGUUGGAUUGCGAUACUACACGGGGAUUGUUAAUAACAAUGAAAUGGUUGCACUUCAGAGGGAGCCCAAUAAUCCUUAUGAUAAAAAUGCAGUGAAAGUAAAUAAUGUGAAUGGAGACCAGGUAGGCCAUAUAAAAAAAGAGCUAGCAGCAGCACUGGCAGGCAUUAUGGACAGGAAACUAGCAGUAGUUGAAGGGGUUGUCCCUUAUGGAGCAAAAAAUGCCUUUACCAUGCCUGUACAAAUGAGCUUUUGGGGAAGAGAAGAAAACAAGGAAGCAGUUCUAGAUCAGCUAAAAAGGCAUGGAUUUAAACUGGCUCCUCCUUUGAAAGGUUCAGAAUGUGCCUUUGGAUCAAAGUGGAUUUCUGGGAGAGCUGGUCCAAGUUACAGUGCUCCGGUUCACGCUGCUGUGCAGUUGACAGCUGAACAGCUUAAAAGUGAAUUUGACAAACUGUUCGAGGAUCUGAAGGAAGAUGAUAAAACUUGUGAAAUGGAAGGAGCAGAGGCUGUUGGCACACCCUUGCUUCCCCAUCAGAAGCAAGCUUUAGCUUGGAUGGUUUCACGUGAGAACAGUAAUGAUUUGCCGCCAUUUUGGGAAGAGAGAAGUAACUUCUAUUACAAUAUACUUACAAAUUUCGCAGAAAAGCAGCGGCCAAAAAAUGUUCUUGGAGGAAUACUGGCUGAUGAUAUGGGACUGGGUAAAACACUUACUACUAUUGCAUUGAUUCUGACAAAUUUUCAAGAUGGUAAGCCUCUUCCUGUUGAGAAGAUCACAAAUGAUAAGUUUUAUGAGGAAUCUGGUACUAACAGCAUGAACAACGUUGGACGCAGACUAUGUAAAGACUCUAGCAAGGUGAUGGAGCCUGGUGUUUCUAACAUUAAAAAGUUUGAAACUACUUCGUUGAAAUACUCGAGGUGUCUUCCAAAAAGAGAUAAAGCCAAGAAACCCAGAUAUUCAGAAAGCAGCGACUUGGGAGAGUCUGAAGAAUGGCUGCUGCAACCAACAGGAAGUACUGCUAGUGUUCAGUCAGUUGAGAAGAACUAUUCUGAUGACGGCCCAAGAGCAACACUGAUUGUAUGUCCACUGUCUGUCCUAAGCAACUGGAUUGACCAGUUUGAACAACAUAUCCACGAAGAUUUUCAUGUAAAUAUUUAUGUUUAUUAUGGUUCCGACCGUAGCAAAGACCCAUCAGUUCUUUCAGAACAAGACAUCGUACUGACAACGUACAACAUCUUAGCUAGUGAUUAUGGAAUCAGAGGUGACAGCCCUUUACACAAAGUCAAGUGGCUGAGAAUUGUGUUGGAUGAGGGGCACACUAUACGAAAUCCAAAUGCUCAGCAAACUAAAGCUGCCUUAAAUCUGGAGGGACACAGAAGAUGGGUACUUACAGGCACUCCUAUUCAGAAUUCUGUAAAGGAUUUGUGGUCUCUUAUUUCCUUCUUAAAUCUGAAACCCUUUACUGAUAGAGAGUGGUGGCACAGAACAAUUCAACGUCCGGUCAUGAUGGGAGCUGCAGGAGGGCUUGGGCGUUUACAGUCUCUGAUUAGGAGUAUUACUCUUAGAAGAACUAAAACAACUAAAGUUAAAGGAAAACCCAUUUUGGAGUUACCAGAACGUAAAGUACUUAUUCAGCAUGUUACGCUGACAGAGGAAGAGAGGCAAAUCUAUCAGUCUGUGAAGAAAGAAGGCAAAGCUGCUAUUAGCAGAUUUUUCAGUGAAGGGACUGUACUAGCUCACUAUGCUGACAUCCUUGGUGUCCUGCUCAGAUUGAGGCAGCUUUGUUGUCACCCUCAUCUUUGUAUAAAUACUUCUAGUUUUUCAGCUGAUAAUAAAACUCCUGAAGAACUACAUGAGGCAUUAGUGAGUAAAAUGAAAUUGGUUCUGAGCUCUGGUUCAGAUGAAGAAUGUGCAGUUUGCUUGGAAUCACUGACUCGUCCUGUGAUAACACGCUGUGCACAUGUGUUUUGUAAGCCGUGUAUUUAUGAAGUCAUCAGAAGUGAGCAGCCAAAUGCCAAAUGUCCUCUCUGUAGGAAUGAGCUUCGAGUAGAGCACUUGGUGGAGUGUCCCCUAGGAGAUGAAAUAGACACAAGUAAUGGAAAGAAGUCUGAUCAGGAGUGGAUCUCCAGUUCAAAGAUAAACGCUCUCAUGCAUGCUUUGAUAGAACUACGGAGGGAUAAUCCAACUGCUAAAAGCCUCAUCGUUUCUCAGUUCACAACUUUCCUGUCACUGAUAGAAAAUCCCUUGAAAGAAUCAGGGUUUUCCUUUACUCGUUUGGAUGGGUCAAUGGCACAGAAGAAAAGAGUAGAAGCAAUUCAGUGUUUCCAAAGCAGCAAAGCAGGAUCCCCAACUGUAAUGCUUUUGUCUCUGAGAGCAGGUGGAGUUGGAUUAAAUCUGACAGCAGCUUCCCGAGUGUUUUUGAUGGAUCCUGCUUGGAAUCCUGCUGCAGAAGACCAGUGUUUUGACAGGUGUCACAGGCUGGGUCAGAAGCAUGAUGUUGUUAUUACCAAGUUCAUUGUGAAGGAUUCAGUAGAAGAAAAUAUGCUGAAAAUUCAGAAGAAGAAGAGGGAACUUGCAGCAGGAGCCUUUGCUACCAAAAAGCCUUCAGCAAGUGAAGUAAAACAAACAAAAAUUAAUGAGAUUAAGGCUCUAAUUGAUUUAUAGCUUGAAACGGUGGUAUUUUGAUUAAAUAAUAUACUUAAUAUUUUAGUUAUUACUGCUUUUCCAGUUACAUGUCUCAUGCCUAAAUUUUAGUUUUGCUGUUUAUGUGGUGGAAACAUAAAUGCUUUGGAUAAAAGCUAUGGUUGAUCCUAAAUGUUAAUUUAGAAAUGCACAAACUUGUUUUGAACUCCUGAAAUCUUUCCAGUAUUCAUUUAUUUGUAACGUUGCUUAUUACAUACAAUGCUUAAGAAUACAUAAAAAUCCCUUAAAACAGAAUGGCAUAUUCAUGUAUUCUAACUUGCAAGAAUUUAAUCUCCUUUUAGAGGUGAAAAGGUAACGAAAGGUAAAUAAUGUGUUUUGUUCUUCAGACUAAACCCUUAAGAAAUUAAUUAGCUUCAUGUUUCAAUCUCAGUGUUUCCUGAUAACCAAACAGGUCAUCUGGAUUGUUUGUUUCCAGAUAGGUGGUCAGUGAUCACUUCGUAAGGGUUUCUUACUUCGCAGACUGUGUUCAAAGAUGGUAUUUAAUUCAAAAUUGUAAAAUAUUUUUUUAUUCUUUCUGACUAAUACACAGGUGCAGCAGGGAGUUCCUCUGUAGAUUACUUCACAGGAGCUAGUAAAAAUGAAGUACUUAAAUUUGUAAAACGCUUUCUUCUAAUAUUUUACUUCUCAAACAGAAUACCACUGAUUUUUUGUAAAAGUAGAGGUUUUGUGGUUUGGAUAAAAUGCUAGAAUCAUAGGCUUGUAUUGAUAACACACUAAUUUCUGUGCACACUUGGACCAAUAUGACUGUGCUAUAUGCAAAGUAGAAUGACCCACUCAUCAGUGAAUCAGUUAGCCCUUGCAAAAUAAAUUAAACAGAACAAAUUAUUUUAAUAGCUGCCAGCUUUCUAACCAUUUUCUUGCACUGCUAAGUGCUUUUCCAAUCCCAUACAUAGGUUUUAAUGGAAUGCUGAUCUGCAUGUGUCUUGAUUUAGGAGGAAGAAUUUGGUAAACUACUCAUGUUCACGUACAGCAAAGUAAUAAAGAGCACCAAAGAAUUUCA